AUGGACCCCGUCUCGCUCACGGGGCUGGCCAUCGGCGUCGCCUCGCUCGGCCUCCAGGUCUACACGGGCUGCAUCCAGGGCACGCCUCACCGACGCAUCCAGCUGCUCGUCACGGCCCUCGGCUACGAUGAAGAGUGCAAGUACCUCAACCUGCGCCUGCGCAUGGAGCAGCAGCGCCUCUUCGCCUGGAGCGAGACAUCGGGCCUGCUUGACCUUGACGCCAACAACCACGACAAGAUCUUAGACUCCAACAUCUUCAACUUGCACCGCCAGACCGUGCUCGACCUGCUCGUCCAGGUCCAAUGUCUGUUUGAUGAGUUCACCGCCCAUCAACGCCGUCACAACAACCUCAAGCCCGUCCGCGAUGACGACAAUGUCCUCGCUUCACCCGACAAGGAUGCCCGCCAGGCGAGCUUCCCCAUGUCGCCUCGCAAGCGCGACUUCAUCAAAAAGGCCAUGGCCGGCCUGAAGCUCAAGUCAGAAGGCGGCUGGAUGCGACUGCGCUGGGUCUCAUUCGACAAGGAAGCUUUUGAGAAGCUGCUCGCCAAGUUCUCGGCUCUCAAUGACAACAUGACCAACAUCCUCGACCACUCCCUCCAGGUCGAGAUUCGCCACACCGUGCAGGACACCAACCGCGGCGUCCUCCUCCUGCACCACAAGGUCGCCGACUUGAGCCACCUUGUCCUAGCCCUCAAGUCACAGCUCGAAGCGGGGGGCCCGGGCAUCCAGCGCACCGCCAGCCAGCUAGGCGUCCCUGUGUCUUCGACGCCCAUGUCUAAGCUGGAGCGCGAAGCCAGCCUGAAAGCUCUCCUGCAGCUCUCAAAUUUGGCCAAGUUCAAGGCCUUCAACGAAACAAUUGACCCCAGGUCUGGGCUGGCACCGACCAAGGUGGAUAUUGCAGCAUACCAGUUCCUCGACCUUGCGAGCCCAGCGCAGCCGCGCGACGUACAGGUUCCGCGAAGCCUCAUCGAGCUGGAUCCGGAGGUAGACGACUGGGAGACGCCCCGAUGUGAGGCACUGUUGACGACGUCCGAUGGCACCAAGAAGAAGGUCUGGAUAGAGUGGAAAGACUACGACAGUGCCGGGCUGCAUCCGGACUCACUAUCAAAAAAGGACAUUGUCGACCGCGUCCGCAAGCUGGCCUGUCUCCUGAACCACAGCCCCAAGCCUGAGGCAUUCCGCACGCCACACUGCCUUGGUUUCUUCGACAAGGCCGACCCGGACACGCCUGACGAAGACGUCGAUAUUAUCGAUCGGCGGCUUGGACUCAUCUUCGAGCGCCCUCAUGACGACCAGCUGCAUGCCUCCCUCCCGCCAGUAUCGCUGCAUGACCUGCUGCGGGACACGUCGGUUCGCAAGCCGCGCGUGACGGAGCGCGUACAGCUUGCCCACGCGCUUAGCAACUGCGUACUCUAUCUGCAUGCCGUGAACUGGCUGCACAAGGGCCUUCGCAGCCACAACGUGCUCUUCUUCCGCGCCCGCGGCGGAGGAGGUGUCGACUACAGCCGGCCGUACCUGUCUGGAUUCGACUUUUCGCGACCAGGCGGCGCGGACGAAAUGACCGACGCCCCAGGCGACGACGCCGAGCACGACCUCUACCGGCACCCGCGCACGCAGUCGAACCGACGCGGUGGCAAGAAUGGCGACAAGGAGGAAGAGCGCGAGCGGUCCAAGAAGAGCUUCGACGUGUACAGCCUGGGCGUCGUCCUGGUGGAGCUGGCACACUGGCGGACAGUGGACGAGGUGCUUGCCAUUGAUAUGCGCCGAGCGCGAGGCGACAAGGAGGUUGUACGGAGGGUUCGCCAACGGCUGCUGGAAGGGGGGCGCAUCGCUGACUUGGGCGCGGAGAUGGGCGAGAAGUACGAGGAGGCGACACGGGCGUGCCUGGCGGGAGGGGAGGCGCUUGGACUCAGAGAAGGAGACGACGAGACGGACGACGAAGUCGCGGAGCGGCUAUCGAUGAGAUAUUACGAGGACGUGGUCAAAAAGCUGGGCAGCAUCGUUGUAUAG